AUGAUUGCGGAAAUCCCCGAAAGCAUCACUCGUGCCGAGUUGGACCUGAGUUCUCCUAUAAAGCACUUCGCCAUGGCUGAACCAGAAACUCCUCUAACGCCUCCUGCGUCAGAUGGCGACUCCUAUGAGGGCUCAGAUAUCUCUGAUGAACCACAAGAGCCACGAUUGACACCCGAUGAACCCAGGGCUUUGCUUAUUGGUUUUUACACGUUCCUCACAACUUUGCAUUACGACAAGUCUUACCUCAAGAUCCCUCCACAGACUGGAUGGCCAGAACUCACUCCAGAUUCGUGUGCACACUUCAAAUCUGACUAUGCUAUCCAAGUCAUCCGCCAUCUUCCCCACUUUGACAACACAUGUAUCGAAUAUGUCCACUACAAGUCCAAACUUCUUGAUCUCAUUGCCUUCACUCUUGACGAUUUUGAGAAGCACAAGAACUACCAUAAAGACUGGGGAUUUUGGUCAUCAGAGGGAGAGCAGAUGGACCCCAGCGAUGUUGUUUGUAUUGCAGUGGGUCAUGAGAGCCUCAGUCGUGAGCUUUGGCUUAAUGUCAAAGACUGUGAGAUCUUUGAAGACUUCCUUGCUGGUGACAUGCUUGAUGUCAUACCAGUUGAGCAAUUCUUCGACUAUCUCAAGGAACAAUACGAGACCUUGAAGCUUAUCCCUGGGAGACGCCAGGUUACAAUCGAGGUAGAAAAGGUGCCAGAGCAUGGUGGAAGAAUCACGGAGGAAGAGGUGACUAAUCAGACAGAGGAGUGGGGAACUGAUCUGGAUGUCCAGUAUGUGAGGCAGAUCUAUCGAGACCAUGGAUGGCCUGGUUCUUUCGAUAUGGAGACAGCACCUGAGGCCAUUGACAAGUGGCUGGAACCCUUAGGAGGAGGUGAAGGGGGAGAGGCCAAGGGGGCUUGCGUGGCAGCGAAGUCCUUCCGACUGGGACGAAACUUGGUGGACAUAGAUUCCUGA